GAUCCAUCCCUGAACGAGGCGGGAGGGUCAUCUGAAUUCCUCCGACCGGGAGAUGCGCGCUGUUCUCCGGAGGACUUUACAAGCCGCGCGUCGCAUCACCAUCACUGCAUAGACCAACCCGCUCACAUCCACACCCGGGACCGGUGGCGGCGGGACGUUUCCCCCCCUCAAAUCCCCCUCACAUCCCGAGUGUGAGCUCCUCAUGAAUGAGUCCCCCGCUAAUUCAAGAAUGAGGAGAUCACCUAAGGAGAUCAUACUUCAGCUCAUCUUUUUUUUGGCGUAAUCUUGCUCCUGGCUGACACGCGCUCCCAUUUGUCUGAGCUCUGUAUUCGUCUGGAGCCCUGUUGGGAUGGGGAUGCACUCUUACAAAGGACGGACUUAUUGCAGCCUCGCUAAAGGUCACUGCCCUCUAAAGGCCGUGUCAUGGCCCCUGGUCCUGUGGCUAUUGACUCUAAUCACUGUGAAUCAAAAGAUGACUUUUGGACAGACUAUGAACACUUUCCAGUCGGAGAGGAGGGAGUGGCUGCUGAACCACCUGACAGUGCAUCAGUCCACCGGGGCUCUAUACGUGGGAGCUGUCAACCGAAUCUACAAGUUGUCUGCUAAUCUCACCCUCCUGGUGUCUCACGAUACGGGGCCGGAGUAUGACAACAAGGCGUGUUAUCCCCCAUUGAUUGUUCAGCCCUGUUCUGAGCCUCUGGUCUCCACUGACAAUGUUAACAAACUGUUGCUCAUCGACUACUCCAACAACCGGCUGCUGGCCUGUGGCAGUCUCUAUCAGGGCGUCUGCAAGCUCAUGAGGCUGAACGACUUGUUCAUCCUUGUGGAGCCCACGCAUAAGAAAGAGCACUAUCUCUCCAGUGACAACCAGACUGGGACGAUGUACGGGGUGGUCGUCCCCUCUCAGGGCCAGGAUGCCACCUUGUACAUCGGUACAGCUGUCGGCGGCAAACAGGAUUACUUUCCAACUAUCUCUAGCCGCAAGUUACCUCGUGACCCAGAAUCCUCUGCGAUGCUGGACUACGAGCUUCACACAGACUUUGUUUCAUCCCUCAUAAAAAUCCCCUCGGACACACUGGCUCUCGUCCCGCACUUUGACAUCUACUACAUCUACGGCUUCUCCAGCGGGGGCUUCGUCUACUUCAUGACGGUCCAGCCGGAUACCCCGGAGAACGGGAUGCCUGCAGGUGGGACGCCCGGCGACCUUUUUUACACAUCUCGCAUCAUCCGCCUCUGCAAAGGUGACAAGAAGUUCCACUCGUACGUGUCCCUGCCCAUGGGCUGCGUGCACAGAGGAGAAGAAUACCGUCUGCUGCAGGCGGCCUACCUGUCCAAGGCUGGCAGGGUGCUGGCUAAGUCGCUCAACAUCAGCGCUCAGGAGGACGUGCUGUUCGCCGUGUUCUCCAAGGGACAGAAGCAGUAUCACGACCCUCCGGAUCACUCCGCCCUCUGCGUCUUCACCAUCCGAGACAUAAACACACGAAUUAAGGAGCGGCUGCAGUCCUGCUAUCAAGGAGAAGGAAACCUGGAGCUGCACUGGCUGCUGGGAAAGGAUGUGCAGUGCACCAAGGCGCCUGUCCCCAUCGACGACCACUUCUGCGGCCUGGAUAUAAACCAACCGCUGGGAGGUUCCCAGCUGGUGUCGGGCCGGACAGUGUUCACCGAGAGCAGAGACAGGCUGACCUCCGUCUCUUGUUACACCUACAACGGACACAGUGUGGUCUUUCUGGGCACCAGGAGUGGACGGCUGAAGAAGAUCAGGGUGGACGGUGCGCUGGAGGGAGGAGUGCUGUACGAGACAGUGAGCGUGAUGAGGAGCAGCAGCCCCGUCCUCCGAGACAUGGCCUUCUCCCUGGACAGGAACUCUCUCUAUGUCAUGUCUGAGAAUCAGGUGGUCCAGGUCCCCGUGGAGUCCUGUGAACAGCACGACACAUGUGCCGAGUGUCUCAGUUCUGGCGAUCCUCACUGCGGCUGGUGUGUCCUGUAUAACAUGUGCUCAAGGAGGGAUCGGUGUCUGCGGGCGGAGGAGAGCUUUCGUUUCGCGACCGACAUUGACCGAUGUGUGAAGGUUAUUGCUCACCCAGACAGCAUCGCUGUAUCAGCACACAGUGUCCCACUCCUGCUGGAGGUCCACAACGUUCCGGACCUUUCUGCGGGAAUUACCUGUUCAUUUGGGCAGCAGGCUGAAGCGGACGGUCAUGUCAACGGCAACAGGGUUAUGUGUCUUUCCCCGGCUGGGAAGGAGGUCCCGCAGAUCCCAGAGGGACAAGACUGGGCAGGCGUAGAGCUUCGCCUGAAUUCAAAGGAGACCGGUCAAACGGUUGCCAGCACGGAGGUGAAGUUCUACAACUGCAGCACACAUCAAAUGUGUCUGUCCUGUGUAAACAGCACGUUUCAAUGCCACUGGUGUAAAUACCGCAACUUGUGCACCCACGACCCAAGCAGUUGCUCUUUCCAGGAGGGCAGAGUCAACGCCUCAGAGGACUGCCCUCAGCUCCUCAACUCCGGGGAAAUUCUCAUUCCUGCUGGCGAGGUCCGACCCAUCACCCUGAGGGCCCGAAACCUUCCCCAGCCGCAGUCGGGCCAGCGCGGUUACGAGUGCGUGGUUAACGUGCAGGGUGCCAGCCACCGCGUUACUGCGCUGCGCUUCAACAGCACCAGCGUGCAGUGCCAGAACAGCUCGUACGUGUAUGAGGGUGUGAAGAUCAGUGACCUGGCAGUGGACCUCUCCAUUGUAUGGAACGGCAACUUCAUCAUCGACAAUCCUGAGAAGAUUAAAGUGCACCUCUACAAGUGCAGCGCCCAGCGGGACAGCUGCGGCAUGUGUCUGCGAGCAGAGAGGAAGUUCCAGUGUGGCUGGUGCAGCGGCGAGGGUCGCUGCACCAUGAAGCAGCACUGCCCCCCCAUUUCUCCGUACGCCAGCCGCUGGCUGGACCUUUCAACCAGGAAUGUCAAGUGCACAAACCCACGCAUUACAGAGGUAAACCCAGUGGCGGGGCCUUUAGAGGGGGGCACACUCGUUACCAUCCAGGGCAUGAACCUGGGUCUGUCCUUCUUCGAGCUGGAGGGAAACGUGGAAGUGGCGGGAGUGCCAUGCACCCCACAGGAGGACGGCUACAUAACUGCAGAGCAGAUUGUAUGUGAGAUGGCUGAAGCUCCUGAGGGAAGUGCACCGGGUCCAGUUAAGCUGUGUGUUGGUGAAUGCAGACCAGAGCUCCGUGCACUCUCAUCCCAGCUCUACUCAUUUGUGGUUCCCACCAUGUUGGCACUGACCCCUGGCAGAGGACCUGAAUCUGGGGGUACCAAGGUCACCAUUGUUGGGGAGAACCUGGGUGCCGGCAGCACUGUUACCGUUUACUUCGGAAAUCAGACCUGUGAGCUGUUCACGAGAAUGAUGUCAGAGAUCGUAUGCUUCUCUGCUCCUUCUGUGACGGGCGCGGGACCAGUGCAAGUCAGUCUGAGUGUGGACCGGGCCAAAGUUCCUGGAAGUCUGGCUUUUGAGUACAUGGAAGACCCCACGGUCCAACGCAUUGAGCCACUUUGGAGCAUUGCCAGUGGACACACCACCCUGACAGUGACUGGAACCAACCUGGAUGUAGUUCAGGAACCACGGGUCCGAGUCAAAUAUGCCGGCCAUGAAUCCGUCAAUGUGUGCAAAGUUCUGAACACAACCACCAUCAGCUGUUUCGCCCCUUCUCUGAAGCUGGAGUACACCGCCGACCAGGAGACGAUAAAGAAAGUAGAUGAGUUUGGCUUCGUCUUCAACAACGUCCAAGCCUUGCUCACUUACAACAACACGGGCUUCCUGUACUACCCCAACCCUUACCUGGAGCCCCUCAGCCUCUCAGGUGUUCUGGAGCAGAAACCUGGAGCUCCCAUCAUCCUCAAAGGGCGCAACUUGGUCCCAUCUGCAUCCAGCGGCGCCAGACUCAACUACACCGUGCUGAUUGGAGAUACGCCCUGCUCCCUCACCGUGUCGGACACUCAGUUACUCUGUGAGCCGCCAAACCUCACCGGGCAGCACAAAAUCCUGGUCCAAGUAGGAGGCCUCCACAUCUCUCCAGGAGAGGUCCACAUCCGCUCCGACAGCCUGCUCACCCUCCCUGCUAUCUUCAGCAUCGCAGCUGGGGGAGGACUGCUUCUCAUCAUCGUCUUUAUCGUCCUGCUGGCCUACAGACGGAAGUCACAUGAGAACGACCUCACUUUGAAGCGCCUGCAGAUGCAGAUGGACAAUCUGGAGUCCAGAGUGGCUCUGGAAUGUAAAGAGGCCUUUGCAGAGCUGCAGACGGACAUCAACGAGCUAACCAGUGACCUGGACCGAGCCGGCAUCCCCUUCUUGGAUUAUCGCACUUACGCCAUGAGGGUUCUCUUCCCCGGCAUUGAUGACCACCCCGUGCUCAGAGAGCUGGAGGUGCCAGGGAGUGGACAGGCAAAUGUGGAGAAAGCCUUGAAGCAGUUUGCUCAGCUGGUGAAUAACAAGGUUUUCCUGCUGACAUUCAUCCGCACGCUGGAGAUGCAGCGCUCUUUCUCCAUGCGUGACCGCGGCUACGUUGCUUCGCUCAUCAUGACUGCUCUCCAAGGGCGGCUGGAGUAUGCCACAGACAUCCUCAAGCACCUGCUCUCAGACCUUAUAGAACGAAACCUGGAGAGCAAGAACCACCCAAAGCUCCUCCUCCGCAGAACAGAGUCGGUGGCAGAGAAGAUGCUGACAAAUUGGUUUGCCUUCUUGCUCCACAAAUUUCUCAAGGAGUGUGCUGGCGAGCCUCUCUUCAUGCUGUUUUGUGCCAUCAAACAGCAAAUGGAGAAGGGUCCCAUAGACUCCAUCACAGGAGAGGCACGCUAUUCCCUCAGUGAAGACAAACUCAUCCGCCAGCAGACUGAGUACAAGACACUGACGCUGAGCUGUGUGAACCCAGACAAUGAGAACAGCCCAGAAAUCCCAGUCAAGGUGCUCAACUGUGACACCAUUACCCAGGUGAAGGAGAAGAUCUUGGAUGCGGUGUACAAGAACAUGCCGUACUCACAGCGGCCGAGAGCCACAGACAUGGAUCUAGAAUGGCGGCAAGGCAGAACAGCUCGUGUGGUGCUGCAGGACGAAGACAUCACAACGAAGAUAGAAGGAGACUGGAAGAGGCUCAAUACACUCAUGCACUACCAGGUGUCUGAGCGCUGUGUGGUGGCCUUGGUGCCCAAACAGAUGUCCUCUUUCAUCAUUCCAUCCUCGGCCAGCUUCCCACGCAGUAUCAGCAAAUACGGUGUGGAUGUCCCGUUCCGCUCCACCCCCACCAGCCCCGACAGCCCCCACUCCCGCGUGCCCAUGCUGACCCCCGACCUGGAGAGCGGCGUUAAAGUUUGGCACUUAGUCAAGAACCAUGACCACGGGGACCAGAAAGAGGGCGAGCGGGGCAACAAGAUGGUGUCCGAGAUCUACCUGACCAGGCUGCUGGCAACAAAGGGGACACUGCAGAAAUUUGUGGACGACUUGUUUGAGACUCUGUUCAGCACCGUGUGUCGAGGCACCGCCCUGCCUCUGGCGAUCAAAUACAUGUUCGACUUCCUCGACGAGCAGGCCGACAGGCACGGCAUCCACGACAUGGACGUUCGCCACACAUGGAAGAGCAACUGCCUCCCGCUGCGCUUCUGGGUAAAUGUAAUCAAGAAUCCCCAGUUUGUGUUCGACAUCCAUAAGAACAGCAUCACGGACGCCUGCCUGUCUGUGGUGGCUCAAACCUUCAUGGACUCCUGUUCUACAUCCGAACAUCGCCUGGGAAAAGACUCUCCCUCCACCAAGCUGCUCUACGCCAAGGACAUACCGCAUUACAAGAGCUGGGUGGAAAGGUACUACGCUGACAUCAGCCGCCUGCCUGCCAUCAGCGAUCAGGACAUGAAUGCCUAUCUGGCUGAGCAGGCUCGCCUUCACUCCAAUGAGUUCAACGUGCUCAGUGCCCUCCAUGAGAUCCACACUUACGUCAGCAAGUACAGCCAGGAGAUCAUUGAGGCACUGGAGCAAGACGAACAAGCCCAGAAGCAGAAGCUGGCAUAUAAAGUGGAGCAGAUCACCUUAGCCAUGUCUGCAGAGAGCUGAGACACACGCACACACACACACACACACACACACACACACACACACACACACACACACACACACACACACACCAGAAUACCUCCUCACACACAUGUAAACACACGCAGUUAUGCACACACUGUACCCAUGCACCCCGCAAAUCAAGCAGUGACAGGCGGGUUUUAAACAUGCAGCACACACGGUUGUCGGAUGUGGACAUUGUCACGCACAUACGUGCACGUAUGGACGCACACAGUUGCACAUAACUGCUGAUACAGAGAGAGACUGCAGAUUUAAUGGACCUACUGUGCAGACACACUGACAACACACGAUAAACAUGUACAUGCACAAGCCACAGCACACAUCAAACAGCAGGCAUCCCAAAGGACGCUUUUUCAAUCCAAUGUUGCCAUUUUUAUUUAUUUUUUAUUUUAGAAUAAACUCCAACAGGCAAACAUCCCACUUCUAAACCACCCCGACGGAAAGAGACAGAAAGAGGAUUUAGGCCAUUACAGUUGCUGGAAUUUACCACCAAUUCCUAUCCGGGUAAUGGUUCUUCUUUGUAGUCGGUGAUUAUUGUAAGUGUGUGUGCGUGUGUGUGCGUGUGCGCGCGUGUGUGUGUGUGUGUGGGCCAUGGUUGGAGCUCUGAGGAGAACAGCACUUAAUAAAAAAAAAGAAAAAAAAAAAGACUCAACAUGAAAAAGUCACUGGAGGAGCUCAAGAAAGACAGGAGCCAAUUUAAUGGGCUGGCACAUCUGGUGAGACAAGACUCAAAAGUACUUUUUAUAUGUCAAAGAUGAAGAACUCUUAUUCACACUACAUAUCACCGGGCUUGGAGUGACAUCGCCAUUUGUAGCUAUUCCACAGCAGAGAUGCCUAACUCGGUGUUACCGAGCCUCUUCUAUGGGCUUUUAAAAGGCUUGCGAUGCCCUGUGUUGUUCAGUGACGACUGUCUGAACUACUGCGUUUUAAAAGCGGUAAUAUCAGUCACUGACAAGGUGAGCGUAUAGCUGUUUAAUAAUCCAACAGAGACAUGUCUUAACCAUCCGAUUUUAAAUAUAUGGAGAGAUAUUUUGGUCCCGCUCCCCGGCUUUUAGUGCCAAAUAUAAUGUAUCUUGUGUUUCGUUCAUGUUAAAUGCUCCUGUAGAGGCUAUUAAUAAAAUAUGCCAUUGUACGGAAGAGAUCUCAUUUGAGAUGGGGAAAUUUUUACAGUCGUGAUCUAUAGACCACUAAUUCAGCCAUUCAGAGAUAAGUGGAGGCCAAAUUGAGCUGUAGCAGAAAGCAUGAUUAAUGACGUUAGAAGCAUGAUCGUGGAUGAGAUUAGCCUAACCUUGGCUCACAGCACUGCUUCCCCCACUCUCCCCGUCUCAUCAGUUAUUGUUUACAUUCAGCAUAAUACUUGAAAUGCACCCAGUGUACGAGAUAUUAAGAACACCUGCAGCUCCUGCGAAGUAAUCCGGACAGAUUAAGCUUAAACAAGGCAUUGAUGCCUUAUCGAUGUUCCUAAUGCAUCUAAUUUGACUAUGAAUUGGAACGUAAACGUGGGGGGAAAGAAAGCUGAGGAAAAGACUUGUUCUUCCCUGGAGACCCCGAGAACAGAGAGGAACUGUGUUUCUGUGAGAGGCAGGGGGUUUCUUAUAUUUUAUAAGCAGAGUGGAUAUUUGAUUAAUGAUAUUUACGUGUCUGGAUCAGCUGUUGGUCCUUGUAAAGUCUGUCCGUUGCUUCACAGCACCGUUGUUGCUUUACAUCUUUGUGUUUCAGCACAUUCACGAGUUUUCUUUUUGCAUUCCAGUGUACAUUUUACCGUAAUGCUUGUUGUCCCGUUUCUGCUGUAGUUGUAGUGCCAUAUCUGAAGUUUCUAAUAAUUUUCAUCAUGAAGGAAAGAAAAAAAAGAAGAACUGUUUGAGAAUCACACUACUUUAAGGUUUUAGUUUUUUUUGUUUCACUCUUUGAAGCGAUGAAAGAUGAAUGCCUUCCUGCGCUUCGGGCUGUCUGAAUACGCCGUUGACUCGCUACGACUGUCAAAAUGUUUCUCUUUUGCUGCUGAUUUUACCAUUUCAGUAUCAGUGGAGUUGUUAUACUCCCUCAAAGGACCUUGAUCAUGUUUAUCUAGAAGAGCAAGAUAAAAUAAUAUGAAAAAUGAAUACACUUCUCAUUAAAUGUUAAAAUAUGACAGUAUUAAUUUGUUUAAUGUGUGGUUUGAUGAAAAUAAUUUAUAAAUGUGUUGUGCAAUAAACUGUCAGAUGUUUAACCUGUAAUGUUUUUUUAAACUAUGUAUUGCUGUAUAAAUAUUGUACAUAAAAACACUCCUAUUUUGCAAGCAAAAUAUUCACUUUUUACUGUUGUUAUAUAUUAAAUGAGCAGCUGAU